AUGCGAACGUUGUAUGACUACGAUGGUGUUGAUUCAUGUAUUGCUCGCGCCCGUUUGGCACCAUCACAAUUUGAAAGUUCUGCUCAGUUCGCUGGCGACUGCAAUGGUCUGACGGUGUUAGAUGGCACGCCGACCAAGUGCAGAUCGUCGACGUCAAAUUCCCCACGACAUCGAUUCGACGACAUCGGUCAGGAACUUUGUCCACUGCACUCGCCGCUGAUGGUGUGCUCCCCCAGCGACUCCUCCGCGUCCUCUCCCCACAAAAGGACGGCCAUGUUCAGAAUUGGUUCUGACGAGGUUGAUGGCAGCGAAACAGAGCGCUUCAUGCCAUACACCACCAUCUCCAGCCUCUCCAUCAUUAACAGUCCACCACGCAAAACGAAAAGAACAAAGCUGGUUCAACGCGUCUUUCGAUCCAUAUCCGACGACUGGAUCUACCUGGGCUUGCUUGGAGUAUCCACGGCAUUGUGUUCAUUGGUGAUGGAGACUGCCAUUGAACGACUAUUAGAGUGGCACACGACCACGUACGACUUUGCGGUAGCGGUCGAAUCCGAGCAUCAUCAUGCUUUCCCGUUCUUCGUUUGGACUGGAUACGCAGUGAUCCUGGUGAUGAGCUCAGCUGUUCUGGCACAUUACGUAUCACCUCAAACUAUUGGUUCAGGAAUUCCGGAAUUGAAAACUAUUAUGCGCGGUUUCAUACUUAAAGAAUAUCUCUCGUUCCGAACUCUAAUAUGCAAGAUGAUCGGUCUCACACUCUCUCUUGGAAGUGGUUUGCCGUUAGGGAAAGAAGGCCCGUUCGUGCAUAUUUCCUCGGCCGUAGCAAGUCAACUUUCGCGUUACAUGACCGACGACCAAGGCCCCUACACAAAUGAGGCGAGGUCGCACGAAAUGCUCGCCGCCGGCUGCGCUGUCGGCGUCGCCUGCACGUUCGGCACACCCAUUGGAGGUGUACUGUUUUCUGUCGAGGUAACGUCCGCCUACUUCGCCGUCCGGAACUACUGGCGGGGAUUUUUCGCUGCGCUUUGCGCUGCUUCCACUUUUCGGAUCGUGCGGAUUGUCUUGAAAUCAUCAGAAAUGAAAAUGGGAGCCUAUGGUCAAACUCGUUUCCCCGAUGACUCUUUUCUUCCGGAAGAGCUGCCGCUGUUCGCCUUCAUUGGGCUACUCUGUGGCCUCGCCGGAGCGCUGUUCAUCAAGUGCCACAGAUCACUCGUUCUCCGCCUCAAAAAGUCCAACUUUUGUAAGAAGUUUGUUGUAGAGAAGUGGUUGCUUUAUCCCAUUGUUGUGUCGUUCGCCGUCGCUUCCAUAACGUAUCCACAAGGCUUUGGACAAUUCCUUUCAGGAAAACACAAGUUUUCACAAACACUCCGGAUGUUCCUUUCAAACUGCACAUGGACGGUUAGCAACGUCCACAAAAACUCUUGUCCAGACGGAUUCCUUGACCAAUGGGCCGGCGGCGGUACGGAGGGUGUCUGUCUCGCGUUGGCGCUGUUCACCUCUACAUUUUUUGUGCUGUCGAUGGUUUCAUCCACGUUGCCCAUACCGGCGGGGAUUUUCAUGCCAGUCUUCGUCAUUGGAGCUUCGUUCGGACGCUUGGUUGGCGAAUCGAUGGCGUUAUUGUUUCCAGACGGAAUUCGUCCUAACAACACGAUGGGAAUCUAUCCUGGUGUUUACGCUGUUGUAGGUGCUGCUUCAUUUUGCGGGUCCGUCACCCACACGAUCUCCGUUGCAGUCAUCGUAUUCGAGCUGACUGGGCAACUAAUGCACAUCCUGCCUGUUAUGAUCGCUGUUCUCAUCGCUAACAUCGUCUGCUCUUACUUCCAGCCAUCAAUCUACGACAGUAUUAUCCUGACUAAGGAGCUACCUUAUCUCCCCGAACUGUCGCAUUUUUCUCAUGAAUUCCAUACAAUCGUCGCUGAACAGAUCAUGGUGACUGACGUGAAGGUUAUCUGGAAGGGCAUGACGUAUUAUCAAAUGAAGACGGUCAUAGAGGAAAACAGACGAUUGCGAUCGUUCCCAGUAGUGCUGGAUCAAGAUUCGCGAAUUCUUCUUGGAUCUGUCAGCAGGAAAGUGCUUAGCGACUUGAUCGAAGGGAAAAUAGGAAAUCGAGCACGUCAAAUGAACGCUAUUAAACGUUUACGUAGUACAAUCUUUUCUCCGGAAUACAGGAAUGAGUCGAGCACUUCGGUCGAGUUUCACAAUGACAAUGAGUCAAAUAAGCAGUUAACUUCCAGAAGGAAAGCGUCGAAUCAGCAGCCACCUAAAGAAGAGAAGCUCACUCGUGGAAUGGACAGCGAUUGCUCGAAGCUGCUGCACUGUGUGGGCGCAGACGGUUCGUGCAGCGAAUGUGACAGAGUGGUCGCAACAGCAUGUGAAGUGGAGAGAGGACUGCGGUCGAACGACUGUCUUGUUGAGGAACGGAAGUCUUCUCUGAAAAAUAUUUUGCACCGCUCUCUUCACCGACUUACACUCCAGAAAUACAAGAAAGGAGCUAUCGACCUAUACGGAGAAGAUCGCGCUAAAUGGGAAAUAGAGCAGUUGAACAAUGUUGUGGAUCUACAAUCCAUCCACAUUGACUCGGCUCCAUUCCAAAUCGUUGAGAACACCUCUAUUUUCAAGAUUCACUCCGUUUUUUCCCUGCUGGGGCUGCGACGAGCAUACGUGACGAAACUCGGCCGUUUGGUAGGAGUUGUCUCCUUUAAAGAGCUGAGGGCUGCGAUCGAGAGUAUAAACAACACUCGUCCGGCGGUCGGCUUUGAAGACGACGAGGCCGCCAAGCAAAUACAGCACUGCGAUUCGCUGGUGCACCAUGUGUGA